UCUAUGUUGCCCGGUAACGAACGUGCUUUCAGCGGGAUCACGGAAUUUAUCCGGAAGCAACACAUUUUAAUUUCUGAUCGGCUUAACGGCUCUGGCGUUUAGUACAGAGUAAGCUAUGAACUCGGCCAGUAAUGAUCGUCCAAUAAUUGUAUAUAGCGGGACAACUUCGAGGACGUUAUCGUUAAAUACAAGGUGUGGCGUGUGAGCGUGUGAACUGGCUGAAAUGCGUGUGUCUCACGGUGAAUGCGUGAGACUUGAGAGCUCUGAUAAAGAAGUGUUUCUUCCUUGACCGACCCGCCUCACUCCAUUUGAGUGGAUGAUUCUAGCUACCAUCAUUGCCAACUGCAUCGUCCUGGCUCUGGAGCAACAUUUGCCUGAUGGGGACAAGACUCCGCUGUCUGAGCGCCUGGAUGAUACAGAGCCGUACUUCAUAGGGAUCUUCUGCUUUGAGUCUGGAAUAAAGAUCCUGGCACUUGGUUUUGCCUUCCACAAGAACUCCUACCUGAGGAAUGGGUGGAAUGUCAUGGACUUUGUGGUGGUGCUCACAGGGAUUCUGUCCACUGUGGGUUCAGAUUUCGACUUGCGGACCCUCAGGGCUGUGCGAGUAUUGAGGCCCCUCAAACUGGUGUCUGGUAUUCCCAGCUUACAGGUGGUGCUCAAAUCCAUCAUGAAGGCCAUGAUUCCUCUGCUGCAAAUUGGCCUGCUUCUUUUCUUUGCCAUCCUCAUGUUCGCCAUCAUUGGUCUGGAGUUCUACAUGGGCAAAUUCCACACAACCUGCUUUGACAAUCACACAGGUGAGAUUAAAGCAGAUUAUCCAUGUGGGACUGAGCCUUCGUCACGGGGGUGUCCAGUUGGCAGCAUGUGUAGAAAGUACUGGCUUGGACCAAACUAUGGCAUCACCCAGUUUGACAACAUCCUGUUUGCUAUCCUCACCGUCUUCCAGUGUAUCACCAUGGAGGGAUGGACUGAGCUUCUCUACCAUAGCAACGAUGCCUCAGGGAGUGCAUGGAACUGGAUGUACUUCAUCCCCCUCAUCAUCAUCGGCUCCUUCUUCAUGCUCAACCUGGUGCUGGGUGUGUUGUCCGGUGAGUUUGCCAAAGAGAGAGAGCGUGUGGAGAACAGGAGCGAGUUCCUGAAGCUCAGGAGACAGCAGCAGAUUGAAAGGGAACUCAAUGGUUAUCUGGAAUGGAUUUGCAAAGCUGAAGAGGUCAUCUUGGCAGAUGAUGACAAUGAAAAUGAAUAUGAUGGCUCCCGUAGGAGAGCCACAAAGAACCAUAAAAACAAAGCUGAGCUUCUAAACCCAGAGGAAGGGGAGGGAGAUCUGGCAGUAGGGUCACCAUUUGCCCGUGCCAGCUUGAAGAGCUCCAAGCUCGAAGGAUCAACUUUCAAGCGGCGUGAGCGACGGCUACGCUUCUUAAUCCGACACAUUGUUAAGUCCCAGGCCUUCUACUGGACCGUGCUGUGUUUGGUGGGCCUCAACACAAUGUGUGUGGCAGUAGUGCAUUACGACCAGCCAGAAGCACUUUCAGAUUUUUUAUAUUUUGCUGAAUUCACCUUCCUGGGGAUAUUCUUGACGGAGAUGUUUGUAAAGAUGUAUGGCCUGGGCAAGCAGGCCUACCUCAACUCCUCCUUCAACUGCUUUGACUGCAUUGUGAUAUGUGGUAGCAUAUUUGAAGUGCUGUGGUCCAUCAUCCAGCCGGGGACAUCGUUUGGCAUUAGUGUGUUACGAGCUCUCAGGUUAUUGAGAAUCUUCAAAGUCACCAAGUACUGGGCAUCUUUGCGUAACCUUGUUGUCUCUCUGCUCAACUCCAUGAAGUCCAUCAUCAGCUUGCUCUUCCUGCUCUUCCUCUUCAUAGUUGUCUUUGCUCUGCUGGGCAUGCAGCUCUUCGGAGGACAGUUUAAUUUUGAAACUGGCACUCCUCCGACCAACUUUGAUACUUUCCCUGCAGCAAUAAUGACAGUGUUCCAGAUCCUGACCGGUGAGGACUGGAACAUGGUGAUGUACGAUGGCAUCCAAUCUCAGGGCGGAGUCAACAAGGGCAUGGCCUUCUCUGUCUUCUUCAUCGUGCUCACGCUUUUCGGCAACUACACUCUGCUGAAUGUGUUCUUGGCUAUCGCUGUGGACAAUUUGGCCAAUGCACAGGAACUGACCAAGGAUGAACAAGAGGAAGAGGAGGCCGCCAGUCAGAAGAUCGCCCUGCAGAAAGCCAAGGAGGUGGCUGAAGUCAGCCCGCUAUCUGCUGCCAACCUCUCCAUUGCAGCGUUUGGACCCUUACCACAGCACUUCAUCAGCAACAAAGUACACAGUGAGUGUCACAACGCUACCGACCCCUUUCUGGACUGUAAGGAGCAGCAGAAGAACAACAAUAAGGGAAUCAAUAAGUCAGUGUGGGAACAACGCACCAAGGAGCUGAGGAGGCAGACUCUGGUGUCCAGUCGCGAGGCCCUCUAUAACGAGCUGGACGCUGACGAGCGCUGGAAGGCAAGGACAGGCAAUGGGGAGCAAAACAAUGUGAACUAUUCACGUCAAAUCCGUCCAGACAUGAAGACCCACCUGGAUCGACCCUUGGUGGUUGACCCCCAUGAGAACCGCAACAACAACACCAACAAGACCACUGCAAACAAUUCGGACCUCUGCUUCAGCCAGCACCAUCCUGCUGAUGAGCUCCACAGACAAACACUCCUCCACGAACAGGGUGGCCAAGUUGGAGGGGGUGGUGGAGGAGGCUCAGGUCCAAUCAGGCCUCCCAUGGAGCGGGGCGAGUCCACAGAGAGCAGGCGCAGCCGCAAAAGUGAGCACCACCACCACGCCUCUCAUAUCCGAUUAGACGCUACAGUGAUUCCUGGACCAGGCGGAGAGGAGAGGCCGCCCAGGCGCCAUCACCACACCCGGAGCGGCAGCCGAGGGGGGGGGCAGUCAGAACACCGGAAGCCCAGGUCACACCGAAAAAGCGCAGAAGAUGGUGAGGAUGGCAGGGGAGGGGCUGGAAAAACAGGGAGACAUAAAAGCAAAGGACUUGACGGUGGAGAAGGAGGAGAGCAGGAGGGAGGUGGCGAUGGCAGUGAGAGGAGGCCAAGAAGAAAUCGGCAUGGCACGGAGGGCGAGGGGAAGAGGAUGUGCCAGCACAGAAGGAAGGAAUGCAGUGUCCCUAACCUCUCUACCACCCGGCCUAUUCAAAAGAGCCUCUCCAGGCAAGACAGCCAGUACAGUGAGGACAUGGACAACCUCAUGAAUACCAAACUGGUCUCUGGCUCUACCCCACCAAGCGAUGGUGGUGAUCAAGUUACCAACCACACUGUGGCCUCUGGCUUUGGAUCUGCCCUCCAUCUUGCUAACAGUGGCACUCAUGGGAGUUUGGUCACAUUAGAUAGCUAUGGGAGCAUUGCACACCACCGUGCCAACAGUGUCAUCAGGCUGCCCCACCAUGACUACACAACUGUUGACAUGCCAAUUUUUCCAUCCACCAAUGCCAUACUGCAGGUUAAUAAGAAUGCCAACACAGAGCCACUGCCAGCGAAGGAGAAUAAGGAUGAUGAUGAUGACGAGAAGGGAGGUGAAGGAGGACCCAGGCCCAUGCCUCCCUACAGCUCCAUGUUCAUCCUGUCUACCACCAACCCGUUUCGGCGGGCGUGUCACUACAUCUGCACCUUGCGUUAUUUUGAGAUGUGUAUCCUGCUGGUCAUUGCCAUGAGCAGUAUCGCCUUGGCUGCUGAAGACCCUGUCUGGCCCGAGUCCCCUCGCAACAAUGUUCUACGUUAUUUCGACUAUGUCUUCACAGGAGUGUUCACAUUUGAGAUGCUGAUAAAGAUGGUGGAUCUAGGAUUGGUCUUGCACCAGGGCUCUUAUUUCCGGGACUUAUGGAACAUCCUUGACUUUAUAGUGGUUAGUGGUGCUCUGGUGGCCUUCGCCUUCACAGGGAGCAGUAAGGGAAAAGACAUCAGCACUAUCAAGUCUCUGCGGGUACUGAGAGUGUUAAGACCUCUGAAGACCAUUAAACGUCUUCCCAAACUCAAGGCUGUGUUUGACUGUGUGGUGAACUCUCUGAAGAAUGUGCUCAACAUCCUGAUUGUGUACUUACUGUUCAUGUUCAUCUUUGCUGUGGUGGCCGUGCAGCUCUUCAAGGGACGCUUCUUUUACUGCACUGAUGAAUCAAAAGAGUUUGAGCGCGACUGCAGGGGCGAGUAUCUGGUGUAUGAACGUGAUAACGAAGUGAAGGCGCAGAAGCGGGAGUGGAAGAAGUACGAUUUCCACUACGACAACGUGGCUUGGGCCCUACUCACCCUCUUCACCGUGUCUACCGGAGAGGGGUGGCCGCAGGUGCUGAAGCAUUCAGUGGAUGCGACUUAUGAGAACCAGGGCCCGAGCCCGGGGUACCGGAUGGAGAUGUCCAUUUUUUACGUGGUGUACUUCGUGGUCUUCCCCUUCUUCUUCGUCAACAUCUUCGUGGCUCUCAUCAUCAUCACCUUCCAGGAGCAAGGAGACAAGAUGAUGGAGGAUUACAGUUUAGAAAAGAAUGAGAGAGCUUGUAUAGACUUUGCCAUCAACGCCAGGCCCCUGACACGCCACAUGCCUCAGAACAAGCUGAGUUUCCAAUACCGAAUGUGGGAGUUUGUGGUGUCGCCGCCAUUUGAGUAUACUAUCAUGGCAAUGAUCGCGCUCAACACAGUUGUGCUGAUGAUGAAGUAUGACGAAGCUUCUGACACCUAUGAAGCUGUGUUAGCCAACCUGAACAUAGUGUUUACCUCCCUCUUCUCCAUGGAGUGUGUACUCAAGAUCAUCGCCUUUGGAGCACUGAAUUAUUUCAAAGAUGCCUGGAAUAUUUUUGACUGUGUGACAGUCCUGGGCAGCAUUACUGACAUCUUAGUUACCGAGCUUGGGGAUAAUUUCAUCAACCUAAGUUUCCUGAGGCUGUUCAGGGCAGCUCGUCUCAUCAAGCUGCUGAGACAGGGAGAAACCAUUCGCAUCUUGCUCUGGACCUUCGUUCAGUCGUUUAAGGCACUACCUUAUGUCUGCCUCCUCAUUGCCAUGCUGUUCUUCAUUUACGCCAUCAUUGGGAUGCAGCUUUUUGGGAAUAUUGCUCUGGACGAAGAAUCAGACAGUGCCAUCAACCAGCACAACAACUUCCAGACUUUCGUACAGGCUCUCAUGCUUCUCUUCAGGAGUGCCACGGGAGAGGCAUGGCACGAUAUCAUGCUGGCCUGUCUGGGGGGUAAGGUGUGUGACCCCUUGUCAGGGAAUCCAGACCCAGAGUGUGGCAGCCAGUUUGCCUACCUCUACUUUGUCUCCUUCAUCUUCUUCUGUUCAUUCUUGAUGCUGAAUCUGUUUGUUGCCGUCAUUAUGGACAACUUUGAGUACCUGACUAGAGAUUCAUCCAUACUGGGACCUCACCACCUGGAUGAGUAUGUCAGGAUAUGGGCGGAGUAUGAUCCUGCUGCCUGUGGCAGGAUCAGAUGCAGGGAAAUGUAUGACAUGCUGAGGCACAUGUGUCCUCCACUAGGCCUCGGGAAGAGGUGUCCAGCACGGGUGGCCUACAAGAGACUGCUCCGUAUGGAUCUGCCUGUGGCCGACGACAACACGGUCCACUUCAACUCCACUCUCAUGGCGUUGAUCCGCACCGCGCUGGACAUCAAGAUUGCCAAGGGUACGGAAGGUGGCAUUGACAAGCACCAGAUGGAUGCAGAGCUGAGGAAAGAGAUGAUGGCGAUCUGGCCCAACCUCUCCCAGAAAACUCUGGAUUUGCUGGUUACGCCACACAAGUCGACAGACCUGACAGUGGGGAAAAUCUACGCUGCUAUGAUGAUCAUGGAGUACUACCGGCAGAGCAAGAUCAAGCGCUCACAGGCUCUUCGGGAUGAGCAGAAUCGAACGCCAUUACUGUUUCAGCGCGUGGAGCCACCUUCCCCCACCCAGGAUGGGGGUCCGGGACUUAACAACGCACUCCCUCCACCUGAGACAACAGAGACUGUCAACAACCUGCCAGUGGAGGGGGGGGUCCCGGAGAGCCAUUCAUGGGUGACAGCUCGUGCUCAGGAGAUGUCCCAGAAGGCCGGCAGCUGGAGCCCUGAGGGUCACCCUGAGGAUGGCCUGGGAAGCAUGACCAACUCUCAGACGGUAGAGAUGAGAGAGAUGGGGCAGGAUGGUUACUCGGAUACUGAGCACUUUCCACCAAUGGAAGGCCAUGGCAGGGCCGCUUCCAUGCCCCGCCUCCCAGGCGACAACCAAACCAUCAGUGACAGCAGUCCCAUGAAACGCUCGGCCUCGUCGCUGGGCCACAGCAGGUCCGGGCGUGGGCACAGAGACAAGGGAGGGGCAGACGACUACAAUAUGGAGCGUGUAAUACCCGAGGAAGGGAGAACUUCCAGACAUGGACACCGGCGAAAAGACCGGAGUCACCGGGCGUCUGAGAGGUCCCUCUGUCGCUACGCCGAGGCUGACACAGGCCUGGGCACAGACUUGAGCACAACCACCCAGUCCGGAGACCUCACAUCCAAAGACAAGGAUCGUGACCGAGAUCGCGGCCGGUCCAAAGACCGUAAGCACCACCACCAUCAUCACCACCACCACGGCUCUGUGGACAAGGAGCGCUACGUAGCAGAGCGAGGGGGCGAGUACGGGCACAGGCACUCCCGUGACAGAGAGCAUGACCGGGAGAGGGAGCGGGAAAGGGACCGGCGCUGGUCACGAUCGCCCAGCGAGGGUCGCGAGUGCAUGACACACAGACAGGGCAGUAGUUCGGUCAGCGGAAGUCCUGUCCCCUCAACAUCGGGGACCAGUACGCCACGUCGAGGCCGUCGUCAGUUGCCUCAGACCCCCGCAACACCUCGACCCCAUGUUACCUACUCCCCUGUGGUUCGUAAGGCUAUGCCCACACCACCAGGGGGGCCACAGGGCCGACCACCAGCCCCAGCCCCCCGUCGCUUUUCUCCUGAGCCUCCCCAAGGCCAGGGCCCUCCCCCCGUUGUACUCCCACCAGCCCAUCAUGGCACAUCCCGCCAGGGUCAUCAUCCCCCACCUCGCUGGGGAGACACAGGUGGAGGAGGUGGCUCUGUGGAAGGGGAUAGCUGUUUCUACAACCAGGACUACCAGGACUAUGAGCCCCACCAUGAACCACCUGCCUAUGAGCAGAGCUCCAUGCAGGGUGGAAACCCCCACCCCCACAAUCUGGCCAACCACCCACUGCCGCCUCCUCCACAACCACAGCCACAUAACCCCCAUCCCCUCCCUCCACCCCAGCCCCACCCUGUAAACAACCCCCACCCUCAUCCACCGUCACACCCACAACCCAGUCGCACCUCACCUAGGACUGUCCACCAUGCGCCCCCUCCCACGACCGCCCUGACUGGGCCUGUACAGGGCCAGAUGCAGCCUGCUGCCCAGCGCCGACUGCCCAAUGGCUACCGUUCUUCAUCACCUUCCACACAUCUACAUGGACCCCCACAUACUGGGCCUCACAAGGUCCCCCCUCCAGCUGGGCAUCCUAGGGGUCCCCGCAAGGGCCUGCAUGAACCCUACAGCGAGACGGAGGAUGACGACUGGUGCUAGCCUCUGGGGAUGGGGGAGGGGCGUAAGGAAGAAAAAGAAUUGAUAGAUGGACCGAAAGAUGAAAAUAGAAAGCUCUGACCUAGAGCACAGACUGCCAAGGGAAACCGUGAUUCUUUCUUUCUCAUCUGUUCAAUUUUUCCCUCUCCUCCAACUGCUUGCCAUGUCCCAGGGACGGUGGGCUAGAUGAAGGGGCAGGUGUCAGGACAAAGGGAUGGAACAAAAAUGCGGAGGCCACGUUACUCUCGCAUUGUUGUUUCAUUCAUCUCUUGAUGCCAAAAACCCGACCUCAAACUGCAGUUUUUAAGGAUACAAGUAGGAGGGGUGAUGGACACUUGUCUUUGUGUGUCUUAAAUUAUGCCUCUGGCACCGAGCUACAGCCACUUACAAGAUGUCAAGAGUUGCGACUCGACAAAAGACAUUUUACAGUCAGAGACAAAAGAAUGACCACUGUUUUUUUUUUGUUUUUUUGCUUCUCAAAGCUAACUUCAGUUAAGUUAGCCUCAAAAAGAAUCAAAUCCAACCCUCCCAACCACCAGUUGAAUAUUGAUGAGUUUUAUCAUCUGUGUUUUUAAAUAAAAACAAAACUGACAAUGAGCCCUCCACCUAUAUGAGGUGAGAAGGCUAAGUGGGUGGGAGAGUUGGGGAGUGUUGCACGGGAUUGACAAGUCCCUCUGUCAAAAUCUAGAGCACAGGAUGGGUGAGUUGGGGAUGUUUACCCCGUCCCUGGAGAACACCCUCCUCCCAGAAACGAACAAUUGAACCGACCUCAACCUAUGGCCUAUGAGAGAAGAAAAACAAAAAAGUGGAGAUGGGUUUCAGAAACAAAAAAACAAACCAGUAACUGUUUUCUGCAGUAUUUCUUCUUCUAUUCCUGCUUCUUCUUCCUCCUUCUCUUCUACUUGUUCAAAACAUUGAAGCUUGAAUCUUCUGUUGCACCCCACACAGCUUCGUUUUUUAGACUUGCGGAGUUGUACACCCUGUGGAAUCCUGCAUGAAUGAUACAAAAAAUAAUAAUAAUAGCAACAAUGAGAAACUACUGUAUGCGGGGGGAAGUUUUACUUGAUCAUUUCUGUUGUGGUCUUUAUGGUUUCUCUCUUUUUUAGUAAAAAUGCCUUUCUGUUUCUCUUUCUCUCUCUCCUCUGUAUGACAUUCCUCUCUCUGCACCUUCAUUUACACUAAAAUCAAGUGACAGAAGGCUAUAGGGAUUUAUAUCUAGAAGGAACAACAUGAUUAGUUUUUGCCUGCUUGUCUGCAUUUUCUGUGCCAGAUGCCUGCCACCGAUACAGCUGGAAUUGCACAUCGUUUUUGUGGAAGUAACUUUUUGUAACUAAGGUGAUAAUCCUUAAAUGAUAUACUGGGAAGCAGGGUAAAGUGGAUAGAAGACGUGGAUGUCCGUAUUGGUAAAUAAAUCCGACAAAUCAGUAACGUCUCUAAGUCUUCCAGGGUUUGGGGUUAAAACAGACACCAGAGAGAAAGAGACCAAUAAGAAAGUUGGAGAAAGGAGAGAAACUCUUCAUCUUUGUUUUCUUCGUUCUUGAGUGUAAUAACAGAUAAACAGAUGAUAUAAUAACUUAUAAUGAUCAUGAUGAUCGUGAUAAUGAGACAGAUUCUCCAUGUUUGGUCUUCUAUUCUGUUCUCUAUGUUUUGCUGAGCUCAGCUAAUCAUUUUUCCAACCCUGAGGUGGAGCUCUAAAACACAGUUGCAUUAUGGGAGAGUGAUUCUGUAGGAGGGUAAACACAAGACAGAUUAGCUAAAGCAGUCCUUAGAAUUUAGACAGUUGGUGAAUUUGAUUGAAAUUCGAUUGACACAAACAUUGGUCAAAUGCAGCAGUUCCUUACAGGUUCUUACAUUGAAUUGGAUGAGUCUUCUCUCCUGCAGAUGCUGAAACAGAGUUCCACCGCCACUUGUGACCUUCUGGUGGCGCUGUAUGACAAACAAUGUCCCUCUAGUUUUUGUACGGCUCCCUUUACUUCACUUCUGAAUUCAGAGUUGUCAUACAGUUUAGCUCGUUCUCUCGCUUAGACCACCUUGUCUGUGUUCACCACGCGUAAACACAGGUGACUGAAUUGCACAGUCGCACAGUUCAGAUGGGUUGGAGAAAAGAUGUCUGGGCCUUGUCAUGGUCCUGGAAAAACAUCUGUGUUCUGUGUGUGCACUCGUAGAUAUAUCUUUCAAUUUCUUUCUGUGUGUUUCUCUGUGUGCCUCAAACUAACACCUGUCACUAACGCACACCACUGUCAGCCCCAGCAUUAUGUUUUUUUUAUUUAUUUGACCUACGUUUUAACCUGGAGGCCUAUCACAUGUUGACAAGAGAAUGCACCGAAAAAAUAGAAAAGAAAAAAAAACUGCCUAUUAGUGUCUUUCCAACCUCAGUGGAAUGUCACAGACAAGUUUUUCACAUCAAUACACUUAAAAUCAGAAAGCACACUAGGUAUGUAGCUCCUGGUUGUGGUGUGUGUAACUGGGUUUUUGCGUGUGUGUGUGUGUGUGUGUGUAUGUAUGUACAUGGGUGAGUGUGUUUCUGAUAAAUGUUUGUUUCUAUGCUUGCUUUGCUUUCUAUUCUUUGUCUCCAGAAAUCAUUUUCAAAUCUUAAAAUGUUUUUGGUCAAAUCAUUGUUAACAAUCUUCAACUCUGCGCGUUUGUGUGUGUGUGUGAUGCCAGUAACCCCCUGAAUGAAACAUGCAAAGCCCCGAACAUUCACCAUCCAUCUUUGUGUCUAUGCUGCAGUGAAGUCCACUAACACGCUGAUUAACUACACAAAGUCUUCAAAAAGCAAUGUAAAGCCGCUACUGAGGAGAAAAAAAACAACUUUUUUUUUAAGUACAAAAGAUUAAAAAAAGGAAAAAAUAUCUAGUUCCAGAAAUGCAUGUGCUAUGUGCAUGCCACACCGUGGGUUAACAGUCAUCUUCAGGACAUAAAAGAAAAAGCAGAUUAAUGAAUUCAGAGGAAUAAAAAAAAGAUAUAUAGAUAGAUGUUUUUAAAAAGCAACGUUUCCUUUUUUUCCUUCUAUUUUUGAGAACAAAAAAGGUAAAAAAAAAUACAACAAAAAAAUGUCUAAAGAAUAAAAACACAAAAGAGACUUUGGUGAGAGUCAGUCUCGUUUGUUUCUUCUGUUACAUGAGGUUGAGGCACAACACAACCAUGUUCAGGACACCACAAAAAAGAACUGUUUUUAACAAAGAAAAAAUAUAUAUACGUACAAAGAAAAGAAAGUACAGUUCAGAAGAUGGUGUAUUCUCCCUUCUACUUUUUUUGUGGGGGUCAGGGGGUGCAGAAGCUAGCCAAAUCUGAUGUUGUACUCAUUACAACUGGCUGUGCAAUCUUUGACCUCCCACUCACUCCCUCUUUUUUCCCUCUCUCUAACUCCGUCUCUCACUCUUAUCUGUCGCACUCUCAACCUGUCUCACUGCUAUUUCUACCAGUGCAUUUUGUAAUUCCAAACAAAACUCUUCCUAAAGAAUAAAAUCCAGAGAGAAUGCA